UGCUAUUGCCUACUAUAUAGUUAUUUUCCAACACUACUUAUAAAAACGAUAGAAGUAAUUAUGCAGGUGAAUUUAAUACGAGAAAUCCAUACAAAAGAAAAAGAGCCUAUAAAUGUUGUAAAAUAUAAUUCAACCGGUAAUUAUCUCUUGUGCGCCGGUAAUGAUCGUAUAAUCCGAUUAUUAAAUUCCAAAAGUGGUGCCUACAUUAGAGAGUACAUGGCUCAUAGCUAUGAAAUUAUGGAUCUGGAUAUAGUCGCCGAUAGUACCAGGUUCGCGAGUUGUGGAGGCGAUCGCUUUGUUCAUGUCUGGGAUGUUUCUACUGGUAAAGUAAUCAGAAAAUUUGGUAGUCAUCUUGCGCGUGUUAAUACUGUACGCUAUAAUGAAGACUCCUCUAUUCUAGCUAGUGGUUCCUUCGACUCUAAGGUGCGACUAUGGGAUUGCAGAUCAAACUCUAGCGGCCCCGUACAAGUUUUGAAUGAAGCAAAGGAUAGUGUUUCGACAAUUGAUAUAAUAGAGGACAAAAUCAUUGCAGGAUCCACUGACGGUAAUUUACGAACUUACGAUAUUCGUAAUGGAAAAAUAUUCACUGAUUCGUUUACGCAUCCAAUCACUUCUAUAUGGACAUCUAAAUCAGGAGCUUUCGCUUUAGUUUCGGUUUUACACACCUCUAACCACCUCUUGGACCUGGAAACUGGCGAUAUUCUAAAGAGCUAUUCAGGAAAGCAAAAUACGAACUAUCGUCUCCGGUCCUGUCUUGAUUGCAUGGAACGCUUUGUCAUAAGUGGAAGUGAAGAUGGGAAGAUUUUGCUAUGGGAUAUGGAAGCCGGCGAACAGUUAUCUUCAAUCCCAACUCCAAACAAGUCUAUUGUUAGCGAUAUAGUAUCUCAUCCUUCUUCAGAUCAUUUCGCUGCAACCACCACUCACGGUGAUGUCUUAGUGUACCAAUAUGAUAAGACAUAAUAACUACAACCACAAUGGAAGUUUUAUAAAAAAAAGGGAAAGUGGGCUACUUUUUUACAACUCUUGGUCAAUUAUUUAUUUAAAUAUCAUUCAUGGAAGUUUAUUUGUGUCGUUUGAAUUGAAAGAAGG